CGUCGGGCGGAGAGAGGUGGAGUUUUGUCGUCUUCGUCAUCGUUGGGGAGGAGGAGGAGGAGGAGGAGGGAGAAGAAGAAGAAAGGGGGAGCGAGGAGGCAAACCGGGGGAAAGGCAGUGAGUGCACGGGAGAAAACCAAGGGAGAUCGCCGCUGGAUGAAUUUGCCUUGUGAACUUUCCACGCAGCAAAGUGCCAAAGUGUUGGCGGCAACAAAAUGAUAACGCCGUACUUUAUAGAGAAUUUCUGGGGAGAAAAGAAUAAUGGCUUUGACGUGCUGUACCACAACAUGAAGCAUGGCCAGAUCUCCUCCAAGGAGCUGACGGACUUCAUCAGGGAAAGGAGUGUUAUUGAAGAGGCCUACGCUCGCUCCAUGACCAAACUUGCCAAGACAGCAGGGAACUUUUCACAGCUCGGGACGUUCGCUCCGGUGUGGGAACUGUUCAAGGGCUCCACUGAGAAGCUGGCCGGCUGCCACAUGGAGUUGGUGAGGAAGCUGCAGGAGCUUAUAAAAGAUGUCCACAAGUAUGUGGAAGAGCAGGCCAAAGCGCACAAAAAGACGAAAGAAGAGGUGGCAUCCACCCUGGAGGCCGUGCAGAACAUCCAGAGCACCUCGCAAGCCCUGCAGAAGUCCAAGGAGAACUACAACACCAAAACUGUGGAGCAGGAGCGCCUCCGCAAGGAAGGGGCCACCCAGAGGGAUGUGGACAAGGCGGGAAUAAAAGCCAAAAAAGCCACAGAGACCUACAAGUCCUACGUGGAAAAAUACGCCUUGGCCAAGUCCGACUUUGAACAAAAGAUGGAAGACACGGCGCAGAAAUUCCAGGACAUUGAAGAAAGCCACAUUCUCCACAUGAAGGAGAUCAUCCAGUCAUAUUCGCAAUCCGUUGACGAAACACACGUCCAAAUAGGAGAGGUUCAGACUGAAUUUGUGAGGAACAUUGAGAACACAUCUGUAGAGGCCUUAAUACAGAAACUGUCUGAAAGCAAAGGAACAGGCAAGGAGAGACCAGGGCCCAUUGAAUUUGAGGAGUGCAACGCCGCCAUUGCCACCGAAGGUGCCAAACCCAGGAGGAGAAAGCCAUUUGGCAUCCCAGGACGGCGGAAAGACAAAGACACAGACUCCACGGAGUCCACAGAAGUGGAAAGCAACACUGCCAAUGGCGCUCCCCUCGGAUACUACGGGGCCAUAGACAUUCAGAAUGCUAACGUUCCGCAGGUGGACGAUGAAGGUUUCUGCAUCAGGCCAGAAGCGGUCGACAAUGAUGCCAAAGAGAACUCCUUCUACUCGUCCAGCGACUCAGAGGACGAGGACGAGCCCCGGAAGUUCCACGUGGAGAUCAAGCCCGUCCAACCCAACAACGGCACGCAUCAGAACCGAGCAACCAUCGACGAGCUCAAGGCCUCCAUCGGCAACAUCGUGCUGUCUCCUUCCACUUCGGUCCAAAUGCGGAGGAACCAAUCCAGGUUCACAGGAGUGUCGUCAUUAGGCUCCAAGACUCAGGGCGCAGGUGACGAGCUGACCAAACCCAGAGUGCCACCUUCGUACGAACUAACCAACAACGACCUCCUGUCCCUGGAUCCGCUCGCCCCCUUUCCGGCAGCAGGCUCCGCCCCCUCCGUGUCCACACCCGCAGAACCUUCAGCAGAGACGGCGCCACCUCCGGAGCGCUUGCCCGCCUUGGCCGAGCGCCAGCCAUCCAAAGACGUCUCCUCUUUCUCCUCGUCCACGUCCUCUCCCUGGGACUCCCCUGAAAACCCUUUCCAGGCACCUCGCCCAGCCCCGGUCCGGGCCCACAGUGCCCCCAUCACGCUGCCGCCCGAGCCGGCGUACCCCAUGGAGAGCUCGGCGGGCAGCGGCGAGGAUGCCCUGGCCUCCAUGUCCUGGUCCCAGAGCCAGUGGAUCGCCUUUGGUGACAAUAUGGCUCCCUCGCGGCGUCACGGCCCCGGUCCUCCUUUUAGGCCCCAGUGUGGCAGGUCGAGCCGCUUCCUGUCAGAUGACUUGACCGAUGCGUACGGCAAAAUGUCAGAGGGUUUUUCUGACAGUUUCUCAGAGAUGGGCGAUGGGGCCACGGCGGCCGCUCCGUCGAGCAAAAUAUUCCCUGUCCCCAACCGACCUACGACCCCUCUAGCGGCCGGAGCGCUGGUGCCGCCUCCUCGACCCUCCUCCAGGCCCAAACUCCCCACAGGGAAACUCACCGGAAUCAACGAGAUCGUCAGACCAUUCAGCCCGCCUAAGGGGUCCGGCGCCAGCCCGCCUCCCGCCGCGCCCCUCGCCCGCGCCGAGAGCUCAUCCUCCUUGUCUUCCAACGCCUCGCUGAGCGCGGCAAACACACCCACAGUCGGCACGUCCCGCGGUCCCAGCCCUGUGACCCUGGCAUCCCAAGAUGCUUUGCCCAUUGCCGUGGCCUUCACCGAGUCCGUUAAUGCUUACUUCAAAGGCGCUGAUCCCACAAAGUGCAUCGUGAAGAUCACGGGGGACAUGACGUUGUCGUUCCCCACGGGCAUCAUCAAGGUGUUCACCAGCAACCCCUCCCCCGCCGUGCUCACCUUCAAGUUGAAGAACACCAGCAGGCUGGAGCAGAUCCUUCCCAACCAGCAGCUCCUCUUCAGCGAUCCUUCCCAAAGUGACUCAGGCUCCAAGGACUUCUGGUUCAACAUGCAAGCGCUGACAUCCUACCUCAGGAAAGCCUCGGACCAGAACCCGGCUGCCUCCUACUACAACGUGGACAUCCUCAAGUACCAGGUGCAGUCGGACGGCAUCCACUCCACGCCGCUCAACCUGGCCGUGUACUGGAAGUGUUCCCCGAGCACCACGGACCUGCGGGUGGACUACCGCUACAACCCGGACUCCAUGGCCUUGCCGGGGCCGCUCAGCAACCUGCAGGUCUUGGUGCCCGUGGACGGCGGCGUCACCAGCAUGCAGUCCCUGCCCAGCGCCCUCUGGAACGGCGAGCAGAAUAAAUGUCUGUGGAAGCUGAGCGACAUUUCCGACAAGUCUGAAAAUGAAGGCGCAGGCUCCCUGAGGGCGAAGUUUGAGGUGUCCAGCGGGCCGUCCAACCCGUCCACGCUGGCUGUGCAGUUCAUGAACGACGGUAGCACGCUGUCGGGGGUGGACAUGGAGCUGCAGGGGAGCGGCUAUAGGCUCUCUCUCAGCAAGAAGAGAUUCGCCACAGGUCGUUACAUGGCAGAUUGCUGAAGCCGCCUCAAAUCUUAUCUCGCUUUAAAACUUAAAAAAAAAAAAAAAAAGUCACCAUCCAACCCGGACCCCCAGACCCCGCCCCUGCACCUGCAUACCCCCUGGCGGGGAAUCACUACAAUAAAGCCGCACUGAGUACUGAACACUGUUGACAAAAAAAAAACUGGUGAAUAAAAGCAAGGUGAGCUUUGAGGGCGCCGUGCAGCCGUGACCCCUAAACCUAAACCGUCUGGCCCCUCCCACUCUUCCUUCUCGUGUCCAAGCCAACGCUUGAUUUCAUUCUUAAAAAAAGAGGAAAAGAAACCCUGUGCACUAACAAUCUUGUUGUAAAUAUGAACAUCUCACAUCUUUAGCGCCUGCGUUGAAUCUACUUUUCACGGCGUGCAAUGAAGGAAAGAAUCCGUCUUGUAGCACAAGAACAGAAAGACAGCGGACCCUCUGUGCCUCCACCUCGCAUGUUCUCCUCCGUGUGCUUCUGAAAGCAAUCAGGGCUCCUUUUUCACGUCAGCGUCCUUUUUUAAGCCUUUUCUAAAACACUUUUGACUCUAAGAAGAUGCUUUAAAAGUCCAGAUUAACUCGUAGCCUUCAUCUUUUUUUAAAACUCAACAAAACUUGAAGUGUUUUUAACGACGUUUUGUGUCAAUGGAGAAGCGUGCCUGAGUUUCCUCAUCACAUUGGCUGACGACAGCACCGCCGUAGACGCCGAAGGGAAGGCCGGACGCGUUCUGCAAAACGGCGAGCCGAGAUUGAACUUUCUUAGCAUGGAGCCGUGGUACCUUAGACACCGAGUUGACAUUUGCCUUAUGCGGGACGCCGGGUAGCGCUGUGAUUGGAUGGCGGCGGCGGUGUCAUCCUUGACUGGCCUGUUUGCGUCACGUGACCCGUCUUUCCACGGCAUCUCAUGGUAGCUUUUAUUUGGGUUUUUUGGGUUUUUUUUAAAGAUCUGUUGGUCUCGUCUGUUCCGUUUUGAUUCUGCAGAAAACGUUUGAAUCUCAUGUUUUCCAGCGAGCCUUAAGACCCCCACCCUGUCCUGUUAGCAAGCUGGUUCUUGCUCAUACCCCCCCCCCCCCCCACACACACACACACAACAAACUAAACAACCACAAGCUCACCAGCGUCCAUUUCUCGUCACUUUCUUUUUUGUGUUUGUAUUUAACAGAUUUUUUAAAGGAAAAAAAAGCAAAUUUGUGUAAAUGAUUCUCAUAAUUUGUAUUUUUUUUUUUUACCAGUGUAUCAGCCACUUUCUCUACAUAAUGAUUUCUCACUGUGCCUGUAUUAAAUGUGUAAUAUAUGAAUUCUAUACAAAUAUAUGGAUGACUACUUUAA